AUGGGCGGCGGCGGCAGCAGCAACAACAGCGGCGGCGGCGAUGGCGGCGGCGAUGGCGGGCGGCUCGCCUUCCAGAGAGAGAAGGACGAGGACAGGGUGACCGUGCUGCAAGGCAUCAGGCUCUCAGAAACCGUUGUCAAACGAAUGAAGGAUCUACCUGAAUCAGCAGUAAAGCAUUCGUCUGAGUGUACUUCCAGCUCCAUCUCUGCAGGAGGUAUUCAAAGGGCUGACAACAAAGUCCCAAAGCAUCCUGGGGUGGAAGAGGAGUUGUAUAGGAGAUAUGAAAAGGAGAAUGCAGUGACAGAAGGAAAGAUGUUUAAGGUUACCAGAGGGGAAAAACUGGUUAUUGAUGAAUACCUGAAAGAGGAGUUUUCCAAGGAACAAGUGACUACAAAUGAAGAAUGGCAAAAAGUCGAACAGUUGGCCAAACAUUUGGAAAAGAAGGAAGCGGAACUUGAGCGACUUGAUGCCUUUUAUAAAGAGCAGUUGGCAGUUAUUGAAAAAAAGAAAGCAGAUCACUUCAAGCUUACCUCAGCGCAAUUCAAUGAGGCGGCAAUGAAAGCCCAUAUAACGAAGAGAAACUGUGAACCCAUCUGCAGAAAUCUUCAGUCCCAGAUUCUUCGGUGUUAUCAACAAAAUCCACAGCUGACUUUAAACUGCUCUUUCUUAGCCAAAGAGUAUCGUCAGUGCAUCAACACGGCACAAAAGACCCUGCUGAAUCACGGAUGAAAUGCAAAGAAGGUUUUUCGUUGAUCGCUGCCAUGGAAACAACUGUCCCCGUUCUGCAAUCCCAAGUACUAUGGAAGGGUUUGUCCAGUAUUCUAUUUAUCAAUAAACAUGUGUUUCAACAGCUUCUAUCUUCCUUUCUGUAAACCUUCUGGUAUUUUAGAGAAUAGCUCACAACUACACAUCUGCUGUUCUGACAUAAUGAAAGUAGCCUGCAUGUCCCCGAAUGUGCUGCUAAAUGUGUUCACUGCUUAAACGGUAUUAGCUAUGCAUUCUAUUAUGUGGUAGCUUGGUGUUUGACUUCAAAAUUUUAUGUUGUAGUGUUCAUUGGCUUUAUAUCUACUGCCUUCAGCUGAAUAAAUGUUUUCAACUGCAA